AUGAAGACCACCUUCGCUGCCCUCCUCGCCCUCGCCGGCGCUGCCUACGCCGCCCCGGCCGCCAACGCCCCCGUCACCGUCACGGAGCGCGCAACAACCCCCUACCCCUUCAGCAUCGACGACAUCAAGCUCUACCACCUCAAGGAAAGCAACACCUGGGACCUAACCAUCAAAGUCACCGAGCGCGAUCCCUACGGCGCAGCUCUGGGCUCAACAACCUGCCACAGCGCAUGGAACGACGGCGCCACGUACGUCGCGCGCGAGAUCUGCGAGGACACGCACUACUUCUUCUGGCUGCCCAAUGGCGCCCCGGACCCGGAGCACUGGAGUGUUAUUGUUGAUGGCCCGGCUGGACAGGCCGAGGGCACGAUCGACUUUGGCAACAAGUACAAGUGUGGCCCGUACGAGGGGACGAUUGGGAACAUUGAUCGCGAGUGCACGACCACCAACGGCGGGUGGUUCUUUUUGCAUGAGAGGGAGGUUUAG